UUCUUUUCCCGACACUUAAACCCUAUAUUGUCCUAAAUGUAUCAGAAAAAUAAAGAAUCAAUACUUCCCAGAAUAUGAAAAGCGAGCUUCCGUUGACAUGAUCAUCUGACUCAGUUAUUAUUUCUCUUAUGAUAGGCAACACUCCUUCUGCGAUACAAAUUUUCAUUAACAAGAUCUUUCCUGAAUGAACAAACUCUGUCCUCGUCAAUUCUUCCCAAUUUUCCAAUAUCAAGCCCGUAACUCCUCCUCUCGCUUCGCACAAUGCUGCUACGUGGUCUUCGCAUAUAUGACUCAACUUCCGUCGCAUUAUUAUUAACACUCAAAUCCCUGGGAAAGUUGGUGGCGGGGUCACCGCCGAUGGUUCCAUACCCAAUAUUCUCACUACCACGAGCAAACCCUAACAUGCUGUUAACGUAAACGUCUCUUGCUUUGCGAAGAACUUUUAUGGGUGCUCUUGCUAUUCGCAUGAACAUGAUGCUUAGCUUACCAUUGUUCCUCAUUCUUCUUAAUUUUAUUGGAAGUAUGGUGAUGAUUAAUUGUCUUCUUUUUGAUAUUAAGAUAAGAUGGAGAGGGUGGGUGGCGUAUUUAUUUAUUGACAAUGUAGAAUCCUACUUUGACUAUAUCAUUAUAAUUACUGGAUAAGCAACAAAUCCAUAACGUCUCUGUCACUCUCCACCGUGUCUCUUCUUCUCACUCCUUCCCUCACUCUCCAGUAUGAUUAUAAUUCUGUUUCUGCUUGUACUUAUACUAUUCCCACAUCAUCAAAGACAACAACAACAACCACCAGUACCCUUCAAAGAAACUCUCAAUUGGGUUUCCCGUUCUGGGCUUUGUGGUGAAUUGUCCGUUAACGAUGCGGGUAAACGGGUCCUCCUUUGUGGGUGGUUGCUCUUUAUAGAGUCCACGGUGGUCUCACUUUCCUCAAUCUUAGAGACCACACUGGUACUGUCCAGGCAUAUGAAUGUGCAAUUUUUGAAUAAGUAUGGUUCUGAAUGCGCAUUUCCAAUUAUCAGAUAUUGUUAACUUUACGUAUUUGCUUAUAAGUUCAAUCUUUUUCUUUUUAUUCUUUUUAAUAGUGAGACGGAUUGAGACGCGGUGUCGUUAAUUUUAUGUGUUUGUUUGUGAAGUUUAGGUCUUUUUGCUUUUUGUUCGUUUGUUAUAAUGAUAUGGUGGAAUGUUUCAGGUUACUGCCCUUCCUGAUGAGUUUCCCGAUGCCCGCUCGAUUAUGAAUGAUUUGAGGUUGCAGUAUGUGGUAGCUGUUGAAGGUGUUGUUCGGUCCCGGCCUCAUGAGUCUGUUAAUAAGAAAAUGAAAACUGGCUUAACUGAGGUCGCUGCAGAAAAUGUUCAAAUACUGAAUGCAGUGGUAUCGAAGUUACCAUUCUUAGUUACUACAUCAGAUGAUGCUAAAGAUUCUAUCAAAGAGGAGAUUCCUCUGAGUCAAUCUAUUGUGUAUUCUGAAGCCAGGAACUUCUAUUCUUUGCCCCAAAUUCCUCAGCUCUUUAAGCAGAUGUUGAUGGUCUCUGGUUUUGACAAAUAUUAUCAAUUUGCAAGAUGCUUUAGAGAUGAAGAUUUAAGGGCUGACAGACAACCUGAGUUCACUCAGCUUGAUAUGGAACUUGCAUUGACUCUCUUGGAGGACAUGCUAAAGCUCAAUGAAGAUGUGAUUAGAAAGGUUUUCCUGAAGAUUAAAGGUGUCCAGCUGCCAAACCCUUUUCCAAGACUUGCAUAUGCUGAAGCAAUGAGCCGUUAUGGUUCAGACAGGUCGGAUACAAGAUUUGAUCGAGUUGAAAGAUGUAAUAAUCUCCUUCACAGACACACACAUAGUCUGGAUUAUGAAAUUUUACAAUAUUUGUUAUGUCAUUCUCUGAAAUCUUUCUUGUUUUUCCUCUGAUAUUUUGGUCCAGACAUUCAAUUCUACGGUUGACUGAUUUCCCAAUGUUUGAGUGGAAUGAUACAGAGCAGAGGCUUGAGGUCCGGCUUACAUCUAAUAUUACUCUUCUGCGAUUCUAAUAAAAUAAGCUGCGCAUGAUUUUUGCAUUAGUAUUCUUGUAUUGCUUUCUACCUUUUAAUUUGUGAAGUUAGAAGGAAUGAGAAUCAAGAAUGUAUAGUUUCCUAGUAUGGUUUACCUCGAGUUAGGAAGAGCACCCAUCAAUAA